AUGGGGCUCAAUGCCACGGACUCCUCCACCCCAGUCAUAAGGUCUCCUGUACUGGUUUCCUACAUCCAUGUUCCUGGUGGAGGACGUGGCCUGGAGAGUGGGGAUUUCGACAUCGUCCUCUCACAGCAGGAAGACAAGCAGUACUGUGGAGAGUCUCCCCAAGAGGAAAUAAAGGUUUCCAGUAAAAAGGUGCGGGGCGCCGAGCCGGCGGCGGGGCCCUCUCGCUGGCUCCCCACGCACGUCCAGGUGACCGUACUGCGGGCCCGCGGGCUGCGGGGCAAGAGCUCGGGCGCGGGCAGCACCAGCGACGCGUACACGGUGAUCCAGGUGGGCCGCGAGAAGUACAGCACGUCGGUGGUGGAGAAGACCCCGGGCUGCCCCGAGUGGCGCGAGGAGUGCUCCUUCGAGCUGCCGCCCGGAGCCCUGGACGGCCUGCUGCGGGCGCAGGAGUCCGAUGCGGGCCCCGCUCCCUGGGCCGCGGGCUCCGCCGCCUGCGAGCUGGUGCUCACCACCAUGCACCGCUCGCUCAUCGGCGUCGACAAGUUCCUGGGCCAGGCCACGGUGGCGCUGGACGAGGUCUUCGGCGCAGGCCGCGCCCAGCAUACACAGUGGUACAAGCUACACUCCAAGCCAGGCAAGAAGGAGAAGGAACGUGGGGAGAUCCAAGUCACCAUCCAGUUCACUCGUAACAACCUGAGCGCCAGCAUGUUUGACCUGUCCAUAAAGGACAAGCCACGGUCUCCCUUUAGCAAGAUCAAGGACAAGAUGAAAGGGAAGAAAAAGUAUGACCUGGAGUCUGCUUCUGCUAUCCUCCCGAGCAGUGCCCUGGAGGAUCCUGAGCUGGGCAGCCUGAGCAAGAUGGGCAAAGCCAAAGGCUUCUUCCUCCGCAACAAGCUGCGCAAGUCGUCCCUGACCCAGUCCAACACCUCACUGGGCUCCGACAGUACCCUGUCCUCAGCCAGUGGGAGCCUGGUGUACCAGGGCCCCGGGGCCGAGCUCCUCACCCGUUCCCCCAGCCGCAGCAGCUGGCUGUCCACUGAAGGGGGCAGGGACGCUGCCCAAUCCCCCAAGUUGUUCACCCACAAAAGGACCCACAGCGACGAGGCCAGCCAGUUGCGAGCUGCUCCUCCCAGGGCCCUUCACGACCUUCAGGGCCACCUUGACACCGCCACCCGCUCUUCUCUCUGUGUCAAUGGGAGCCACAUUUACAACGAGGAGCCCCAGGGCCUCUUGCGGCACCGCAGCUCAAUCUCGGGCCCAUUUCUACCCUCCAGCUCCCUACACAGUGUUUCUUCUCGGCCCUCUGAGGAGGGACCUCGGGCUGCAGAUGACUCCUGGGGUAGAGGCAGCCGCAGCGCCAACAGCUCAGAGGCAGUGCCUGGACCAGAGGAGCCGAGCACUCAGGCCAAAGCCCUGGCCCUUGAGGCCAGCCACUCUGGAGAGGAGGAUGGGGCCCGACUCCAAGAGGGGAAGCCAGUGCAGGUGGCCACACCCAUGGUGGCCUCCUCUGAGGCUGUGGCAGAGAAGGAAGGAGCCCGGAAGGAGGAGCGGAAGCCCCGGAUGGGCCUCUUCCACCAUCACCACCAGGGGCUGAGUCGGAGUGAUUUGGGGCGCCGCGGUUCUCUGGGGGAGAAGGGGGGUCCCACCCCGGGGGCCUCCCCCCAUCAUUCAUCCAGCGGGGAGGAAAAGGUCAAGAGUAGCUGGUUUGGCUUGAGGGAAGCCAAGGAACCAACUCAGAAACCCAGCCUGGACGUGUCUCCUCAGGUAGAACCUGACCCAGCUGCUCUUCCUCACCACCUCCCCUGCUCCCCCUGUGCUCCGGCCCCCCCCACUCCUGCUCCCACCGCUGCUCCCAUGCUAAGCACUAACCUUUUUGCAGCCGCCUCCCCCGCUGCUGCCACUGCUGCUGCCACCACCGCCGCCGCCCCCGAAGCCACCCCAUCUGGAUUCUUGGGUCUCACCAACCCGUUCCUCACCUCCUUGCAGAGCAACCCUUUCUUCGAGGAACUCAUUGCCAACAUAGCACUAAACUCUCCUUCACCUGCUCCCUCUCUCCCCAGUGCCUCCAGGGCCAGCCCCACCCCCCUGGCCUCCCCUGGGAAAGCCCCGCCUGAGUGGGACGACACCUUCAACAUCUUUGCUGCCAGCAGGCUGUGUCCAGAGGCCAGGAGCGAGAUCCUGGCCCCUGCAGGAGUGGGGCUGGAGGCGACUGGGCUGCAAGACCCAGGCCCUGGGGCCAUGACAGUGGAGGCAGCUGAGCCCCAGGGGGACCCAGGGGGAGGAGGAAGAGGUGGGAGCAACGAGUGGCCGGAGCCCAGGGUUCCUCUGGACUUGGGACUAGACGACCAGAGCCUGAGUGCCGCCGACCUAGGGCCUCUGGGGUCUGUAGAGGCCGGCCUGCCCUCUGCGUCAGCCUUGCACCCGCAAGCCUCAUCCUCUGAAGCAGACAGGGAGCUGGUGGCCCCAGGAGGGGAAGCAGGGCAGAGUCCAGCAGACAGUGGCGCAUCUCUGUUCAGCUCCCCAGAAGUGAUCAGUGUGUGGGAGAGGCUGCCCGGCCCAGGCGACACCCCGGAGGGCCAGGAUGAGGAGCCCCCCAGAGGCCAAAACCAGCUUUUGCAGGAGCUCAAUACAGUCGACAGUUCCUGGCCUUGGGAUGUGGUCACCCUUUCUCCUGCAGCUGAGAUGUCCUCCCCAGUCAUACAGGGAGGGUCUGAUGAACUGCCCCCUCCCCAGGGGAAGCCAGAGUCACCAGAACCUGUGAGCCCCAAGGGGAGCCAGGAGCUUCCUCAGGAGGAGCUAGAGCCAGAGCCCAAACCCGAGUGGACGCUGGACAAGGGGCUGCAGCCCAGCACGCUGCCUCCCAAGCCGCCCCGCCUCUUCAUACGCUCCGAUUACCAGGAGGAGGCGGAGGAGAAGGCCACCCUGGGGCUGCGUGGCAGGGGGGCAGAGACAGGAGAAGAUGACUCCUCCCCAAGUGCACUGGCUGCUGGUCCCCAGGAGGCCAAGGAGGACAGCAAGGAGCCAGGCUCCGAGUCUGACAGCUAUUCUUCUGGAACCCUGCUGGGUGAGCCAAGCCUGGAAGAGCCAGUGGAGGAUGCCAGCCCUCCUGUGCCUGGGCCCUGUUUAUCUCUGCCCGCCAGCUGCCCUGAGGGUCCUGUCCCCAUAUCCUCGUACUCAAAGAGCCUGGCUCUUCAGAGCCAGCAGAUCUGGGGAGCUCUGGAGAGAGGAGAAGGUCCGGAGGCUUCUGAGCCCCAGAGCCAGGAACCAGCAGGAGAGGGGCUGGGGCCCCUGCUGGGCAGCUCCCAACAGCCUGACAUGUGGGCUUUGGAGAAGGAUGCCUUGAACCCCUUCUUGUCUCAGGGGAGCCGAGAUCCCCCGAGCCUCCCGUCCACAUCCCCUCCAGAGUCCAGGGAAUCUUCCAUUCACUCUGGAUCAGAAGAGCUGUCCACACCCCCAGAGCCUGCCUUUCCACCGCCCCCUCUCCCACCCCGGGCCAGCCACUGCCCCGAGGGGCCCAGUUCUCCGUGCUGUCCUCUGCCUGGAGCCUGGCCCCUGACCUCUUUCUCCCCGCCCUCUGGGGAGCCAGCCUCCCCCCCUGGGGGCUCCCCCACCCCACUUGGGGAGGACCACGCUGCAGCCACCCCAGCCUCCCCGCUUGUGCUUCUGCCCUUGGAGACACGACCAGCUGAGGAGCCACAGCCCAAUGCCAGUCCCCAUCCUGUGAAGCCCCUCAGUGCUGCCCCUGUGGAGGGCAGCCCUGACAGGAAGCAGUCCCGCUCCAGUCUGAGCACAGCCCUGAGCAGUGGGUUGGAGAAGCUCAAGACAGUCACAUCUGGCAGCGUUCAGACUGUGGCUCCGGCCUCCCAGGUUGGCCAGACUGCGGACACCAAGAGGUUGAAGGAUUCUGGUGUGCUGGACCAGUCGGCCAAGUACUACCAUCUGACCCAUGAUGAACUCAUCAGCCUGCUCCUGCAGCGGGAGCGGGAGCUGAGCCAGCGGGACGAGCACGUGCAGGAGCUGGAGAGCUACAUUGACCGGCUGCUGGUGCGGAUCAUGGAGACCUCGCCCACACUGCUGCAGAUCCCCCCUGACUCCCCCAAGUAGCCCUCGUCACCCCCACCCCCUGGGAGGGUUGCUCAAACAGGGCUCACACCCUCCCUACUCCUGCUGAACUUACUCACUUGGGGCAGGGUACAGUCUGUCCUCUGUUUUCACCCCUUGCUCUCCCUCCCUCCUGCCUCAACUGGGGCUGCUGGAAGGAGGGCCUUUGGACUCUUAUUAGAGGUGGGUCUCACCUACCUGCCUGUUUUCAUACCCCUUAGCUUUGGGGGCUCCAGAAAUUGGAACAAUGAAUUUAGCCCUCAAGACAGAGCAGGGGUGAGCUGCAAUUUGAUGUGGUAUCUGGGACAUACUUUAUUGCCCUACAGGGAUGGUCAGCCAUUUCUUUCACAGCUAAACCGUGUCCUCUUCAUCUCCCUCCGGCCCCUGGACGGCUCCUAGUAUUACUAGGGCUGUGGCAGGAACCAGGUUGCCCAUUUGUAUGUGACCAGGGCACCUACUCUUCAACCUCAUGUCAGUUCCCCCAAAAGCAAGGAGCCUGUAUGGUCUAGUGUCGUGUCUGCCAUGUCCGGAGUCUGUCUCUAGCUGUUUGAGGAGCAGAUGUGGUAUGGAUGGAGGAAGGUGAUGUGCCGGUCCCUGUGCUCCUCUUCUGACCUGUCCAUGAGUGUCCUGUGUAAAUGUUUGGAGAGCUGGGGCAAGUGUGGAGAGACCACCUCCUCAUGCCCCUCCAAGGUGUGGGCCACCCAGGCCUCGGGGCUUUGGGUUGUUUAUGUUUGGGGAUCAAGCCUCCAUCUCUGUUCUUGUUGCCUGUCCAGAUGCCAAAACUCUGUGCUGCUACAGGAUUUGAACUUUUGGAACCUGAUUAAAAUGUGCCUUUUGUGGGUGGAGUCAAGAGCCUCUGGAUGUAGACUCUGCCCCCUGUUUGGCGCCCCUCUCCCUCCCUGUUGAGCACAUGGGGCUGGAUCUGGCAGGACCCUAAGAAUGGAAAUGGAGGUUGGGGCAGCCCUCUUGUGUGCUCUGCCCUCCCCUAGAGUUAAUUUCAGUUAAGGGUCCGGCCAAGCUGCUGCUGCUCCUUUUGCCUACCUGCUAUCUUCUCUUACUCCUUCAGCACCAAUUGAGGGGGUUCCUGGGGGAAAAUUACUUUCUGGUAGUGGGAGGUCCCACUCUGCCUAUACUUAGGAAAAAGCCUUUAUUGUCUUCCCAUCUAUCCACUACCUGCUGUCCCAGCCUGUCCCUUUCCCCGUAGCCUUGACUGGCUUGGCUGCAGUGCACUUUGAAACAAAGUGUCUGUCCUUUGGCCCAGCCCUGGUUUGCUUGCAGAAAAACAGCAGGUUUCCCCACAGCAUCUGCAGGGGACAUUUGGUAGCUUGGGGCACCCUGCCUUAGCAAAGUUGUGGGCUGCGGAGGUGCUGAAGGCAGUUAGUUUUGACCCAGUAAGGAGGUGAGAGCUCCUUGAUCGCCUCUUUUUCAUGAGCUAGCCUGUGGGGUCACUCUCUGGGAUCACUUGGAAGGCCUUGGAAGGAGAUCUGCUUGGGGAGGGGGAUGUCUUCUGCCAGGACGAAGCAGAGUUGCCCCACAUAUGGGGGAGAGCCCCUGUAAUGUUAUCUACCUUAAGGACCACUCAUCAAAGCUGAGGGAAGUAUCCACAGGUACUUAGGACAUCAGUCAUGUUUUUUUUGGGGGGGUCAUUGAGGGUUGGAUGGGAAUCUCUUCUGGGGGAAGGGGAUCACUCCUCUACUAGGUGUUCCUCUGGGUUCUAUUCAGUCCCAGCUGACACUGACCUUCCACUCAUUCUUGAUUGUGGGUCUCCAGAAUGCUCAGGUCAGGGAUGUCUUUGGAAGUUUGGAGUUGAAGCCCAAGGUUCUUGCUGGAUGUUUCUGCUCCUGGCCAUGAGUUGGAAGAGAGCUGCAGGUGGGGUGGGCAGGGAGCAGGCAUGGUUCUGCUUUGCCAUUUGUCUUCCUAGAUGUAACUCCUGUUUAUAAAGACCUUGUUCUUCAUGUUUCGAGCACUUUAUGAAGAAUAAAAAGUUCACAGACUGCA